AUGUUGAAGUACCCCAUUUUUACAUUUUUCUUGUUCCUGCCUUUUCUCUUCUUUGUUUGUCUUAAACCUGCUUCUGCUUCUUUUGCAGAAGCAAAUGCUCUACUGAAGUGGAAAGCCACUUUCAAAAAUGAGAACAAUUCCAUUCUAACUUCUUGGACUCAUCCAAAAGCAAGGGGUAGUCCUUGCAAUUGGUUUAGAGUUUCUUGCAUUGAUGGAAGUGUCAACAGCCUGAACCUUACAAAUGCAAAUAUUAAUGCCACCCUCAAUAAGUUUCCAUUCUCGUCUCUCCCAAAUCUUGCUUUUAUCGAUUUGUGCAUCAACCGACUUUUUGGCUCCAUUCCACCUCAAAUAGGUAAACUCUCAAAACUCGUCUAUCUUGAUAUAUCCACAAAUCAGCUUACAGGAACAAUCCCAUCAGAAAUAGGCCGACUAACUAGUCUUCAAACUCUUCAUUUGGUUGAAAAUCAACUUAAUGGCUCGAUUCCUUCUGAAAUAGGACAACUAGUGUCUUUAAGUGAGCUUGCAUUGUACAGUAACAAACUUGAUGGUCCAAUUCCUGUUUCUUUUGGCAAUUUGAGAAACUUGACCUUUUUGUAUCUUUAUAAUAAUUCUCUUUCUGGAUUUAUACCCCCUGAAAUGGGAAAUCUCUCCAAUCUUCUAGAGGUUUACAUGGACACCAACAUGCUGACGGGGCCCAUACCUCCCACUCUAGGGAACUUGAAUCAGCUGCAAAUUUUGAAUCUUUUCAAAAAUAAACUUUCUGGUUCGAUCCCUCCUGAGUUGGGGAAGCUAAAGUCACUUGAAACCUUGAGUUUAAACUUAAUUCUCUUUCUGGAUUUAUACCCCCUGAAAUGGGAAAUCUCUCCAAUCUUCUAG